CCAUUCGACCCCGAAGUUGCCUGUGAGCAAUUUCAAAAGUUUAACGGCUAUCGGUAGUCGGUGCUUUUGUUUUUGUCUGCUUAUUCUUCGAGAUAACGGUGCUUUGAUGUGUAUACUUAGAAUGUAAGCAAAAAAAUUCUAGUUUGCGCAUCAUUUGACGAAAUUAUUUGGAAUGUGCUGGACGUGCCUCGCGUAAAAAGUGAUUGUUGUAUUGUGAGGUAUAUUGAAAAGAAAGUGAUUUACUUUUUAAUUACGCAUUAAAAGUUGAAGAAUCUGAGGAAUUUUCAAAGUAAUAAAGUUGCUUGUGAGCAACCUUGGGCCAUUGCACCACCAAAAUAUGAGACCAAAAGAAAAAGGUUUAUCAAAUGAUGAUAUUGAGAGAAUUGUCAACUUCGAUUGGGAUGUCUCCAGUGACGAAGAAAGUGGUGAUGAAAUGGAAGACAUCUCUGGAAUGUUGGAGAAUAAUUUAAAAAGUAUAUUGGAAAGGGGAGAAUCAAUAGAAUUUGAGCAUAUUGAAAAUUUGAUUGAUGAAAAAAGCAUUCAAGAAAAUAGUGUUGUGGCUGAUAAUUGCUUUGAAAAAGUUGAUCCCAAAACACUUAAGUGGAGAAAUAGGCCAUUUCAAGCUCCAGGGUGUAUUUGGGAAGAAGAUAGUAAUCGCCAAAUCGAUGAAGUGAAGACCCCUGUAGAGUAUUUCUGCAGCUUUUUUGACAAUAAUGUUAUUGAUUUAAUUACAAAUCAAACUAAUUUGUAUGGGUUGCAAGAGCACGGCAUAGAGCUGCAAUGUACUGGAGAUCAAAUAAAAAGGUAUAUCGGAAUUUUAUUGUACUUGGGUGUCAUAAAAGUACCUCAAUUUAAAAUGGCUUGGUCAAAAGAAUACAAGCUUUCUGCUAUAUCGGAUGCAAUGCCACGAGGAAAGUUUGAUAAAAUCAAACAAUGUUUACAUUUCAACGAUAAUACAAAACAACUAAAAAAAGGUGAUUUGAACUAUGAUAAACUGUACAAAAUACGCCCUUUACUUGACAUUCUCAAAAAAAGUUUUGGUAAACUACCCCAAGAAGAACAUCAAAGCGUUGAUGAGCAAAUCAUUGCGUACAAAGGCCAAUCGUCUUAUAAGCAAUACAACCCAGCUAAGCCUCACAAAUGGGGUUUAAAAAUGUUUACGCGCGCUGGAACAUCUGGAUUAGUUUAUGACUUCACACUGUAUGUUGGCGAAGGCACUUGCCCAAACUUGCCGCAUAAGCAGCUGUAGACUUCUUUCAGAUGCAGAAUUGAAAAAACGUGGAAGAGGAUCAUUUGAUACAAAAUAUGAAGUAAACAAUAAUCUGAUAUGCGUCAAAUGGUUUGAUAAUAAGUCGGUUCAACUACUAUCUUCGUAUGAAGACCAUCAGCCAGUUGGAAUGUGCAAACGAUGGAGUCUUAAAGAAAAAGUUUACAUUGAUGUUGUAAGGCCUGCUAUCGUAGGCUCUUAUAACAAGGGUAUGGGAGGAGUAGACUUAGCGGACAUGCUUAUGGAGCUAUAUAAAAUAAACCACCGUUCAAGAAAGUG